CGUUGAAUACAUUUUUGGACACAAUUUGUGUUUUCAUAAACUCAUCGCUUGUUUGUCAACUAAUCAACGGCUGAACUGUUGGAUCAAUUGGUUGUGACACUCACGAAGACAUGGCAUCAGAUGGUCAUCAAAGUGCGGGCGACUGGUGUCUCAUUGAGUCGGAUCCAGGAGUGUUCACGGAAUUGAUCCGUGGUUUUGGUGUUAGUGGAGUACAAGUGGAAGAGUUGUAUUCAUUAAGUGCCGACUGUUUCGUUAAUCUUAAACCAAUCCAUGGACUGAUAUUUCUGUUCAAAUGGAUGCCAUCGACUGAACCCGAGGGCCAUGCAGUGGACUACGAGCACGUAUUCUUCGCCAAACAGGUGAUCAACAACGCGUGCGCCACUCAAGCCAUCAUUAAUAUACUGUUGAACUGCGCGCACGAAGACAUCCAAUUGGGACAGACGUUAACCGACUUAAAGGAAUUCAUACAACACUUCGACCCCACGAUGAAGGGCUUGGCGUUGAGUAACUCGAAUACCAUCAAAGAGGUGCACAACUCCUUCUCCAGACAACAGAUGUUUGACUUCGACGGACAAAAGGCCCAAAAAGACGACGACGUCUUUCACUUCAUAUCAUACGUUCCCAUCUCAGGCCAUCUCUAUGAAUUGGAUGGACUCAAGUCGGGACCCAUUAAUUUGGGUGCCAUUCCCAAAGACGGCGAUUGGGUGGACACCGCCAGACCUCACAUCGAGAAGCGAAUGCAAAAGUACUCCGAGGGAGAGAUUCACUUCAAUCUUAUGGCACUCAUCAGUGAUAAGAAAAUGCUUUACGAGAAACAGCUGCAAGUAUUACAGUCACAGGUCGAUAGCGAGACAUCGAUGGACACCGACUCCAUCGAGGCUGAGAUGAGUCAUCUGAAGGCUCUGAUCGCUGAAGAAGACAACAAAAUCAAGAGAUAUAAAAUCGAAAACAUUCGGCGAAAACAUAAUUAUUUGCCACUAAUUAUGGAGAUAUUGAAGACUUUGGCUCAGGAGGGAAGGCUCACAGAACUCGUGGAGAAAGCGAAACAAAAAGCGAUUCAAGUGAAGAAAGUUAAAGACGAGAAAAAAACGGAGGAAAAGCUGUUGGCGUUGACCACUACCAUAGAGUGGCAUAUGUUGGCCCUUCAGAACCAGAUAUUCUCACUUCAGAAACAAGUGGAUGACCUCAAAGCCAGAAGUGCCACAAAACCUGCCAAACGAGAC